CACACAGUCUGCCGCUGCUCUGACCCACCCGGAGUGACGCGCUGUGUUUAGGAAACUGCCAACGCGACUCCCGGAAGCAACGUAAAUCCCAACGUACGCGCUGACGUACUUUACGUUACGUCAGAAAUGGCCUAAACGUGAGUGAAGUCGUGCGCUAAGGAGAACGAAACCAGGAGAGGACUCCACAUUAGAUUGACUACAUACUGAAUAAUCAGCUCAGUAGCCGCUGGCGUUAUGUUUCCUACAUUGUCCAACGAGGACAGUAAGGAGGACGCAAAUGAGUGUCCAGUGUGUUAUGAGAGCCUCUCGGGCAGUGAGAGGACGCUGAGCUGUGGACAUGUUUUCUGCCACGACUGUCUGGUCAAAACGCUGGUCAGCAUCAACACCGCCGGGAACAUCAGAGACACGAUCGCGUGUCCUGUGUGCCGUCAUCUGACAUUCAUCAAGAAACAAACGGAAUCGCUGGUGUCCGUGGCGGUGAACAAAGACCCACUUGAGGCGCAGACCCUGGAGGUUCCUCUCCCUCUGCCACUGGAGCAGGUCCAGAGCGCACGGCGCAGCCCCAGAUACACUUUGCCACCGGGACUGAACUGGAUCCCUCGUUUCUUCGGGAACAUCGCCGAUCGUGUGCGCAGACAGAGGCUGGUCAGCCCCGACCACAAUGCAUCUCAGAUCUUUAUCAUAAGCGCUGAAGGGAGACCCAUGGUUGAAGAUGACGUGCUCAGUGUUGUGAUGACUGUGGUUCAACCUCAGCGCAGGCGACGGCGCAGGAUCUGCACAACUGCACGGUGUCUGCUCGUCCUGCUCUCCGCCUUUACUCUUCUCGCACUGGUGGCUGCUACUCUACCCUGGAUUUUAUUGGCAUAAGUGAAGCAAACGUGCAAUCUGGAUUAUGAAGUGCCAAUAUAAAAUAGUGAACGAUGAACUGAUAUAUUUUUGUUUUUCAUCACAUAUGCAAUGAAGUGUGUGGCAAAGCUGAUUUGUCAUAUUGAUCAAACUAGUCUGAUCAUUUCGAUGUGCAAUCAGUUGAGAAUGUAAUCAGGUGAUUUUCAUUUCCCUUCCUGAGUUAAAGGAGAAGUCAGGGAGUUUACAGACAUACCCACCUCCUUUAUGUGCAUUACCAAGCAACAGUCUAAGGUGAAGUUUAGGAAAGCCUUGACAACCAAGUCUUUGUUCUGAAUUCCUUUCUGCAACAAGUUUGACCUGUUUCAUAACUGUAGCAACUCCUGAACACAUAUCCUAACGUUGCAGGGAUGUUAGAUAUUUAAACUAUUUAAAGAUCCCAACAAAAACAAUUAUCAUCAGAAUCCGGAUGCUGUCAAAUUAGCUCAGCUUAUGGUUUGAUGAUUGGUUUCCAAGCAGCAGACAACAACUUUAUUGGGAAACAACUGCACAAUAUAGACCUAUACUGCAUCUACGCCACUGUCAGUGUUACUUUGUGUGUCCACAUAUGUCGUCCGAAAAAGGGAGUUUGGUAUGAAGAUCUUUAGGAUCUGUAGGAGUAAUGUGUGAUAAUAAUAAUAAAUAAAAAAACACUUUAAAACAUUCUAAUAUCCUGUUUCACACUUUCUCUCCUCUUUUCAUUGCAAGGUGUCAGGAGGCGUCAGAAAAACCUUUUCACGCAGUCACCAUUUCAUGCUUCAGUCUCACACAUAUGCCAAUCAAAUGGAACGUGUUUUAUAGACUGUAUUAGGCCCUUGUGCAACAACGCGAUACGUUCUUUUAUAGUGCGUACAAAGUCCCUGUACGCAGAGUCACCUUUAAAGCAUCACUAAGAAAUUAUUGAUGCACCUUUGGCAGUCUGAAGGAGAUAGACUAUAGCAGGGAGGGAUGAGCUGAGCCUGGGUGAUUGCUGUAAGGAGAUACGGCGCUGCACUGUAGAAUUACAUUACCACUGACUAUUUAAGAAAACACUGCGAGAAAGAAGAGAAGAGUUAAGACAACGCUGGCCCUUUUUGUUGGACGUGCUGUCACUGUAGCAAACAGGCCGUGAUGAAAUUUCUUAAUUCUUUUAAACUGACCUUCAGCUCAGUUUUACUCUUGAACUUGCUGGACGGUUCGAGUCAAUGUCUGUCACACUUCCCACAGUGAUCCUGCUCGCCACAUUUAUACUAUACCGCAAGGGCAUUUAUUAACACGUCACUGGCUCAUUAAAGCGUGUUUCAAAGUCUACUUUUAAAUUACGAGAGUCACAUAGUUGACAUGUUGAUUUAAUUUGACAGAAAGACACUCCUAGUUUCCUAUAUGUGAGACAGAGACACCUCCAGUCAUGCUGCUGGGCCUGUCGUACAGGUUACACAUUCGGUGAAGCUCCUGCUUCUCAGCCCUUCCUAGUUUCAGGUUUAUCCAUUUGAUGAUUAAGGUCUUCUUUUUUUUAGUUUAAAUCACCUUCUCGGUGGCUUUUGUGUCAGUGCAUAAUAGCUGAAAAAGAACAAUAUAAUAUUAGGAGGUAAGUGAGGUAUUUCUCCACAAGGUGGAGUAGAGGAAGAAGCACUCAGGUCUCCCUUAUUUAAAGGUUCUGUAUGAAUGAAAUGUUUUAUAUGAAGAUAUAACAUGAUCGUUAUGUGUCAUCAGAG